AUGAGUACAGUUAUGGAUCUGACCCUCGAUCACCCCGAAGACAUGGACUUAACUUUUAACCUUCCUCCUGUCAGCACUUCACCCUCGCAGACUGAAACCUCAGGUGGUGCCGAGCAGCAGACGAUGAGAGUUUACCUCAGAGUCAGGCCCUUCUCUAAAGUGGAGCUGUCUGACAAUGAAGACCAGGAUUGUGUGGUGAUUGAAAACAUCAAGACAGUGACUCUUAAUGCACCUAAGGGUUCCGCCACCAUGAAGAGCAGCGAGAAGGGCAUCGGCUUGUCGAUCCACAAGUUCUCCUUCUCACAGAUUUUCGGUCCAGAGACGACACAGGCUGAGCUCUUUGAGGACACGGUCAAAAGCCAAAUGUCCGAUUUCUUGGAUGGAACGAAUGCACUGAUAUUCAGCUACGGUGUCACCAACGCUGGGAAAACCUUCACAAUACAAGGGACCCCUAAAGAUCCGGGGAUACUCCCUCGAGUGCUGGACGCCACCUUCCACCACAUUGGAGGCGACCAGUACGAGCACAUGGACCUGAAACCCUACCUCAGGAAUGACUCACAGUUUCUCGAUUCUGACCAAGUCAAGAGGGAGAGGAGCGCUAAAGCUGCCAUUUUUGCUUCAGUCAAAGAUGAGUGUGAUCCCCUCAGAGCCAGUUGUGGGUCAGCGCGUUUGCGCUUUUCUUCCACCUCACAUUCAUCCCCCUCUUUGUCCUACAAACAAACAGAAGCAGGCAGAAGCCAGUUUGCUUUAUGGGUGGCGUUCUUUGAAAUCUACAACGAGUGCGUGUAUGAUCUGCUUCAACUCUCCCUGUGCUCCAAGUCCAAGAAACGGGCUUCUCUUCGUGUGUGUGAUGAUGGUGCAGGAAAUGCUUACGUUAAAGAUCUGAAGUGGAUCAACAUCCAGAACCUGGGCGAAGCAGACAAACUACUGCAGUUUGGGAAUAAAAACAGAAGCGCUGCAGCCACCAAGAUGAACCAGUCCUCAAGCCGAAGCCAUAGCAUUUUUACCAUGAAGUUACUUCAGAUUGACGACGAUGAAGUUAAAAGAAUGUCAGAGUUUUCUCUGUGUGACCUGGCUGGCUCCGAAAGAUGCAACAAAACCAAAACGUUCGGAGAGAGGCUGAAAGAGGCGGGAAACAUAAACAACUCUCUGCUCAUUCUGGGGAAGUGCAUCACUGCGCUGCGCAACAAUCAGACGGACCGAAUGAAGAGCAGCAAAAUUCCCUUCCGAGAGAGCAAACUCACCAAGCUCUUCCAGGCCGUUUUCUGCGGCAAAGGAAGAUCGUCUAUGAUCGUCAACAUCAACCAGUGUGCUUCCACCUAUGAUGAGACUCUCCACGUAAUGAAAUUCUCUGCCGUCGCCAAACAGGUGUUGCAGGUGAUCCCCGACAAACCUCUGAGAUCUCUGGCUCCUUGUCUGGUCGGCCGCGAUGGCAAACCUCUGAUUAGGAACGGGGUGAUUGACAACCAGGCCCUGGAGAGCUACCUGUCUGAAGAUGAGCUGCUUGAUGAGGAGAAUGAGGCCGACAUGUCUUUGCUGCCACAGAAUGUAACAUACUGCUCCACAUCACAUUCAGACUUGGAGCUUGUGAAUGCGAUAGAAAGCCUCCGAACAAAACUCCUGGCUGAAAGGAGAAGAAACCUGGUGCUGGAAAUGGAGAUUCGCAAGGAAAUGGGAGAUGCAAUGAUACAGCAGCUCAUGGAGAGUGAAGAACUCCGCAGUCGACAAAUUGAUGAGCUGAAGGAGAGCUACCAAGAAAAGCUGGAGAACACUUUUGAGAUGUACAAGGAUGCCAUCAAAGAGCAUGCUUACCAGAGCGCCAUGAACAAUCUGCAAGACGACUACGUGCCUCUGGAUGAGUUCAUCGCCGAAGAGGAGAAAGUAGAGGCCCUUAGAUGUCAAGUGGCAGAGAUGGACAGCAGAAGAGUGUCUUCAGUUCCAUCAGUACACCAGUCAUGUCAGACUUGCAAAUUGCCAGAAGCUGCAGGAGACGAUAGACACAAACGUCUUUUCAAAGAAAAGUGUGCCAUCGAGAGGAUUUGUGAAGAUAAACAAGAGUUGAUUUUGUCUCUAGAGAAAAGACUGAUGGAGCUAAGUCAAACGCUUCAGAAGGUCAGGGAUGGUUCCCUGGAGAAAUCAGCGGAUCUGGAGGUUCUGCAGAGGAACUAUGAUGAUCAGACAAAAUCAGUGGAGGACUUCCUCCGGCAGAACGCUGAGAAGGACCGGGAGAUUGCCUCCCUGAAGGUGGAAGUUGCCAAGUUCUCCCAGAAGUCUCCUGUGCAGCCAAAGGUGAAGCGAGGCCUGCUUGCCAACAUCAGGGAGGCAGUGACCUCUCCACGGAAAGGUGCAUCUGGCCGAACGCUCAGGAAAACUGCUCGGACUGCACAACACUGA